AUGGAUGGCUCAUCAAUGGACACAGAUGAUCACCAAUCCGACUUUUUCGUCAAUCACAGAGUAACCGCCAUCAAGGAAGAAGAGGCCGCCGACAACCGCCCCAAGCAGCAAAGAAAGAGAUGCGACACUUGGCACGGUGGUAAUUCCGGCGGCGAAGGGCAAGAAAGACCGCUGCUGGACCCGUCGAUUUCGGAGGGACUCAACACCAAACGCAAGUUCGCCAGACCCCUUGAAAUGAGGAGGUUCAAAGAGAUCCCAGAUGCUCUCGAAAGAAAAGCUAUGGUUGCCAUAAUCAAUAGAUUCCAAGAAAUUCCUUUAGACUUGCCAAAGACUUUUGGAAGACCAGAAAUCUAUGAUAUAAAUACCCAUGAGUUUUUUAUCAUUCUGGAGCCUUUGGAUGCAUUCAGCCUUUUUUCCGUUUACCAAAGAAAGGCAUAUGAACUUAGGCAUUCUGUGUGGCUAUCCGAAAUCUACGACUGGAUCGUUGCGAAUAUUCCAUAUUUUUACGACAAGGGGGAUGCAAACAGCUCGAUCGGUUGGAAAAACUCAAUCCGGCACAACCUGAGUCUGCACGAGAAGUUCACCCGUGUACCUCAAGGAAACACCUCCACUUCUUCAAGGCGGCCAGGGUUACCCGCGUUUGAUUUACAAUCGAUGGAAGGCGAUUCUGGCAUCGAGCGGCUAUCGAGGCAUUCUUCCGUCUCCUCGCUUCAUGUGACUGACGACUUUCAGAGAAUCAACUUGGACUCCUUUUCGACUGCUGCCAACGCAGCCAUUAAAACCGAGGAGAGAGACGAUGUGUCUCCAGUCGCGAGCAGAAUGAAUCAAAACCAGCGAAACUCCGUCCUCGUCGAAGUUCGUCUUACUGCUGAGCAGUACGACAUGGUCAAGUCGGGUAAGUAUAUCGUUUCCCUUGUGGAGAAAGAUCAAGUUAUCGCCGCCCCAGUCACCGGCCCGGUAAAACUUCCAUACUGGAAGACAUCUCACAACAAAGAGGCGUCUAAUUCAGCUUUUCCUGAAAAGAGUGAAUUUCAAUCUGAAAUCAACCCACCUUCCUAUUCUCCACCUUCUCACACAUUUGUUGACACUCGAACCCAGAAAAGCGAGCAACGAUCGCCAUUUUCUCAAACAUCGUCGAAAAUGCUACCAGCUCCUCUUGGAAGGACCAUCUCGCAGCCUUCAGUCGCCCAGGCAAAUAACUCAGGAAACGAACUGACGUUCAUGAAUUCGAUCCCUCUCAACGAUCAGAUUUUCGGUGCACUCACGGAUCUACAUGACUAUGAUCUGGCCGAGGAAAGGGUUACAUGA